AUGAGGCGGUUGGGGCCCGCGGCGGCCGCGGCGGCCGUAGGCCUCGCACUGGCCCUGGAGGCGCUGCCCUGGGUGCUGCGCUGGCUGCGGGCCGGGCGGCGGCGGCCGCGGCGCGAGGUGCUCUUCUUCCCGUCGCAGGUGACCUGCACCGAGGCGCUGCUGCGGGCCCCCGGCGCGCCGGCCGCGCCCCCCGCGGGCUGCCCCUGCAGGCUGCCCCACGGCGAGAGCUCGCUGAGCCGCCUGCUGCGCGCCCUGCUGGCCGCCCGGGCCAGCCUCGAGCUCUGCCUGUUCGCCUUCUCCAGCCCGCAGCUGGGCCGCGCCGUGCAGCUGCUGCACCAGCGCGGGGUGCGCGUCCGGGCCGUCACCGACUGCGACUACAUGGCCCUCAACGGCUCGCAGAUCGGUCUGCUGCGGAAGGCAGGUAUACAGGUGCGACACGACCAGGACCUGGGCUACAUGCAUCACAAGUUUGCCAUCGUGGACAAGAAGGUGCUCAUCACUGGCUCGCUCAACUGGACCACGCAGGCCAUCCAGAACAACAGGGAGAACGUCCUGAUCAUGGAAGACGAGGAGUAUGUGAGGCUUUUUCUGGAAGAGUUUGAGCGCAUUUGGGAAGAGUUUAACCCUACAAAGUAUACCUUUUUCCCACAAAAGAAGAGAAGUCACUAAAGUUGUGUUCUUUCCAGUCUUGAGAGGCUUCUAUGCUGCAGAACUUUUGGUGCCUCCAGUCGAAACCAAACCCAACCUACAAAGAGUGGCCCCGCAGGCUGCUGGGCCUUGUGCAGACUCUGCAUCCUGAGUGAGGGAAACCUCAGUGUUAAAAAAGUCAUUUACACUAAAUUCUUAUUCAUUAGAAUACUAAAUUGAACAAAUGUUUGGGAUUAAAAAGGAAAGGGAAAUUCUUGGUAUCAGGUCCACUAUUUUGAACCAAGCCUAUUUUUUUUCUCUCUCCACCAAAAUAAAUUUAGCUACAGCUUGGCACGGGUGUGCUUCCAGGAACUUUGCCUGUAGCUUGGUUUAGAGUUGAAGGGUGUCUGCUGCUGCACAGGAAAGGCACAGUGCCUCUUUUGGGGUUCAACAUCUAAUUCCCUUUCCUGAUUCUAGAAAACCCUCUUCUGCUUUGGCCAGCUUAGGCUAGCUCGGCCCUUUUGGUAUCUCCCUGAGAAUUCUUCCUCCUCCCACUUUGGACCCCCAUCUGGCUGAGGGUGCACCUGGGCCCCUCACUGUCACCAACUCCUGGGAGUCAGCAGAGGGGGAAGAAGACAGGGGAGUCCGGAAGGAGAGAGGUUGAGCACGAGCAGUCCUUGCCACUAAAGGGCCUCCUUGCAUAAUUACUCUUUAACAAAGAUGCAUGAAAAUGCCCAUCCUGAGCAGCUGACCUCUGUCUUCAUGUGGUCACGUGUCAGAAUGGGCUGCAGGAAGCCAGAGGCUGCUUUUGUUUCCAUGUUGUGCUUUUCAUUUCUAACAUGCUCAGGUUCAAGCUAAUUUUGUUAUGUGUUUAGAAGUGACCUUGCCUUUAACACCUGUGGACUUGGGAAACUCACAUUUUGGGCUCAGAGUAAUCAGUCUUGAAUCACUUGACCAUAGAGAGGGAUUGGGCAGCGCCAGGGGAGCAACUUCGGGUUGUGGCAUCUUCCACACCUGUGUUUCCAUUCUUAGCUCAGUUUACACCCAUAGGUAGUUAGGACGGGUGUCUUAUGGGCAUUUGUGAACUGUUCCAAAUUAUUUUAGCAAAUUUUUUUAUAAUGUGUAUUUUAUAUAUAGAUAGCUUGAAUGACAUCUGAAGCUAUGAUUUCACUAUUUUGUCAUAUUCUAUGUGUCAUGAGCUGUGUGGGCCACCCAUCCCAGUCUGUUGCAGUCUGUUGAAUGCAUGCUUGGGUCUCAUGUCCCCAGCUCAUGCUGACAUUACCAUCUGGACAGCACUUAGUGCUGUAUGUUUUCCCCUUUUUAAAGUUACUUUUUACUUAGAGUGUUAGGCAAGUAAACAUGGAAGUUAAUUUUAAAAAUUUAAUUGAAUCUGUAAAGUAUUAUAUACAGAUUGGAAAUCACCAGAAAUGGUUUUACAUUAAACGUGUUUUUUUCAUCUGGGUCUGUGAACCCCCACAGUUUAUGUUCUGAAAAGAAAAUGGGAGAAGUUAUAAAGUGUCCCCUGAAUGGUGAAGCCCUGUAAUCCUGGACUUCUGACACAUUUGAAUAAAUAUGUUCUUAUUCUGUAUUGUGAA